UCGAGGCAGAGUCUUGCCGCAGGUGUGAAGCACGCAUAAUCACCACGCAACACUACCGGCCCUGCUGAACGACGCGGUCCGAGGCUGACCUCCGUGACACAGCGUCCCCGCCCGGCUCGGGUUGCAGCCUCGGCUGGCUGCGACAUGCGCCGGGCCGCGCGAUCGCUACUAAGCCUGUGGUAUUGGCUUGUACCGUUGCACCUGGGGGGGCGCCGGCCUCGUAUACUCCUUUUCUCUGCCCGUUUUGCGCCCCCCUGUGGCCCGUCUCGGAGCUCCGUAUGCCAGCAACCCAUAUAUUCGACAGCACGAACGUGGCUUAUGACUCGCUCUCGCACGUUUCCAGGAUCCUUCAAGAGUUGGGAGGUAUCGGGAAGGAGGAUGCGAGGGAUGCCGUUGGAACCGGUCUCUGGAGCCAGUGUGAUACAGCGGAUCUGACUUCAUUGCACAAGCUUUUUCACAUGACCUCCAAACCCAGU